AUGGCAGACCGAUCAGAAAAGCAAGCCGCCGCCCAACAAGCGGUCGACAUUCUCCACGAGAUAUCCACUCUUUUGAACUGCCACCUCGACCGCCGAACCCUCUCCAUAUGCAUCUCCAUGAUCGAAAACGGGGUCAACCCCGAGGCGCUGGCUGCAAGUCUUUUCACCUCUUACCCCUCCAAACUCACAUACACGAAUACUGACAAACCAAGAACAGGAGGUAGUCAAGGAACUCAGAACAGAAGGCCAAAACGUGCGAUUAGAGGCUGCUGCUCCUGCUGGGGCGAGCCGGAGGAGAUGACCGAGCUUCCUGAGGGAGGGCUGUGUGUCGAGAUAUCAAAAUAA